UUUUAUUUAACGAAACAUAUCAAAUAAGGAAAUUACAUAAUCAUAAAUAAGUGAUCAAGUGUUUUGACCAUUGUGUUUAAAUUUUAGUGCAUAAACGGAGAGAAGCAACAACAAACAACAAAACCGCCAACGGAAGUUCCACUAUGACGUCAUGACGCUUCACUGUUGGAUGCACUGGUUCUGGAUCACCUUCGUCACAGUGAUCACAGUCCUUCCAGAUUCGGGCGUCUGCCUGCCAGUUUCGGCGAAUGCCAGUUCUGGCCUGUCGCCACCCAUUCAUGAGGUUCCGUCCAUCGAGAACGCCGUCCGUCAUGUGAGACCCUUGGAAGAAUCGGCGACCGCGGGUCCGGAACUCGCCGAAGUCGUGUCUGCUGCGGCAUUGCCGCCCUCGACUGAUCCUGUCAUCACCACGAAUAAUAAACCUUCGAAGACUGUCUAUGCGACGCUGCACAGCAAUAAAAGCAAUGCGGAGAACAGAGCUCUUACCUAUGAUAAGGAAUCUGCCAAUCGCAACCGAGUGGACGUCGCCGAAUCGGUGCGCUUGGACGAGGGAGUUUUCCCUGUCCCCGGCGUGGAUGAUUCGGGCGACACUGAAGGCGCUUUGCAGAUCGGGCCCGUAGCGGCGAACGUCGAUCUCAAGACGGAUGCUGGGAAACAACUUGUAUCGAGGCCUAAUGAUACAACUGUUAUGCAGACUCGAGACCAGGGCUUGCGCUACAAUGCUGUAAUACCUGAUGCCUCACUAAGCAAUCCAAAGGCUACAGUGUUGAGCGAAUGUUCAGAAUGCAGCACAACUAUCACAUCAGCACAGGAACAGCCGGAGCAGAUUCAAAAUAUUACUGAAAAUACUGCAUCGACAGUCACUGAAGUUAACAAUGUUGAAAUUUUAUCUGCAGAGAACAACACAUCUGAAAACAUCACCAGAAUAGAUGAUAUAGGGCUAAUUCAAGAGGAAUCGACUGAAGAAGUAUUAUCGAGAUCUUCUUUGACUGUGCAGGAAAGACGAGAGCCGCUGGGAAAGAGUUUAGGGCAUGCAGUGGUCAGUGAUGCUGAAUCGGAGUCGGGCAUGGAUCCUGGUGCCAUUGCUGGAAUUUCUCUCGGUGUGCUCGCGAUCGCUACGUUGGCUUCGGCAGCCAGCUUCGUCUUGUAUCGCACGAGGUAUUUGAACAACCCACAAACCCUGAGCGACAAAUGCAGUAAUCCCGAUUCCAGUGGAUACAUUGAUGACAGCACGAUGCGGGAAAAUUCAGAAGAAAUGUACAGUCUUGACAAUGAUUCCUUCCUCAAUUCACUGGAGGCAAUGACUAUUCAAAAUUACUGGACUGAUAGUGUCAAACAUACUAAAUUGUAAUGUGGCAAAUUUAUAUUUAAGAUUAACUUUAUAAUUUAUAAUUUUAACUACUUAAAAAGUACAUUACAUUAUUUUAUUAGAAACUAUUGAUAUGU